AUGAAGCAAAACGAUUUUAGAAACCUAUUACGAGAGAAAGAUAAAUUUAAGAACAUUGGUAAACAAAAUGGUCUGAAUCUUGAAUUAUUAAACCAGCAAAAAGAUUUAAAGCAAGAAAGAAAUUUGGAUAAUUUCUCUAGUAGUUUAAAUGAUAUAGACAACACUGAUAGAUCAUCAAAACUAAACGAAUUAAAUACAACAAAAAGAAAGAGAAAUAGAGAUGACAUUUUAUUAGAGUUGAAAAAAUCUAAAAUUGAUAGUUUAAAUGACGACAAUAAUCUUGACUCUGAAGUAGCAAAGUAUAUACCGCCUAAACACGAAGCUUUAAACUCUGAUGAUGACAUUUUUAAUGAUGUAGGUGAUUACAAUCCACCCAGUGAUAACGAUAAUUCAAGUAGCCCUUCUUCUUCACCCCAUCCUUCACCUCAUCCUUCACCUCGCUUUAGUCCCCCUCCUUCUCCUCUACCAGAUUCAGUCCACUCUUUCUCACCUUCGCCUACACCUGAGUUAGAUGAUACGGGUAGAUUAAUUGGUUUAUCUUCUUCUGCUUUACCAAAUAUUUCUCAACGAAUCGAAUUUGAUAAGCAAGCUGAAAUCACUGAAAGUCGUAAACAACGUAAACAAGUUUGGCUUGCAAAGCAAGGUAUACGUAAAGAUACAGGUGAACAGCAAGCUCCCUUACCUGAAAAGAAACAAACUGAUUCACAAAAGUUGAAUUCCGAUUAUCAAAGGAUAAACGCUUUCUUACAAAAGAAGUGAAAACGGAAGUAAUAAAUUACUAUUUAUAAUACAAAGCGAAUUUCAUGCUCUUGACAUUUCAAUCGGCACAGAUUGAUAUCCAUCUUUUUGAAUAUUCAUUUGUCUAGCUGAAAUUGCGUCCCAUAAUUUAAACACUUUAUCAAAAAGUGUUACUGUAUUUGAUCUUCUAUCUUGUAAGCUUGGUCUAGUCCAGAAUUUUAAAGUUAAACUAUUUAUUACGACUGAAACUGAUGAACAUGCCAUUGCUAAGCCUGCCAUCAUUGGAUGUAAGUGAAUAUUCCAAGGGAGUAGCAUACCCAUUGCUAGAGGUAUAAAAACUAUAUUAUAAGCACAAGCCCAUAAGAAGUUCAUCUUUAUCUUUUUCAUUAUAGCUUUAGAUAACUGAAUUGAGCUGAAGACAUCUUCAAUCUCUCCUUGUCUCAUUAAAACUAUGUCAGCUGCUUCGAUAGCUAUUGAUGAGCCUGAC